AUGUCGCACAUCGUCAAAAUCCGUGACCUGAAGGAAAAGGGGAAGGAUGACCUGCUGAAGCAGCUUUCUGAAUUCAAGAAGGAGUUGUCGCAACUUCGUGUCUCUCAGCAGAUGAACGUUGGUGCUGCUCGUCUUGGUCGCAUUCGCACCAUUCGCAAAGGCAUUGCCCGCAUAAUGACGGUGCUUAACAAGAACGAACGUGAAAACCUCCGCAAGUUUUAUUCGGACAAGAAGCUGCGGUCGGCGAAGCCCAAAACACUUCGUGCAAAGCUGACACACCGGCGUCGCCUAGCACUGAAGGCCAACGAGAAGAACCGUAAGACCCGCCGCCAACUCCGCAUGGCCCACAAAUUCCCGAGGCGCAUAUACGCCGUGAAGGUUUGA